AUGUCAGAGCAAGCAUCGCACCGAUCGGCCAGCAAUGGAAGUCCGCCACCUGAUGAUCUGGAGCAGGAACUCGACGCCUUUACUCAGCCGCUGCUUAUCGACGACAACGUGGUCCACAGCCUGGCAUACAAGUUCUCCAAGGUAUAUGCUGAACUAGCCAUACAUUCUGAGGAGCAGUUUCUGCCUACGCCCGUCACCAAACUGCCCACGGGACAUGAGACUGGCCAGUUUCUGGCUAUCGAUGUUGGAGGGACUAACUUGCGAGUCGCGUUCAUUGAAUUGUUGGGCGACGCCGAGGAACUGUUGCCUACAGCCAAUGGUGUGGAACGGUCACGUGAGACGAUCCGGAAUGCUCAACGCCCUCGCGUGCGGCGGACGCUGGAGAAGGCAUGGCCCAUCGGAGAGCAUUUGAAGAUGGACAAGACGGAGGACCUCUUCGCUUGGAUCGGCGACUGUAUAGCCGAAGUCGUCGGAGAUCGGCUGACUUCAGACAUGGGCAAAGUGGCUGUUCCAGAUGAGCUCCCUAUGGGCAUCACUUUCAGCUUCCCCAUGAUGCAAACCGAACUAUCCGCCGCGACGUUGAUGCCCAUGGGAAAAGGAUUUACCAUCAGUUCUGACCUUGACCUCGGAUCUACCCUGUUACAAGGCUACGCUCGCCACACCCGUCGACAGUCUCCCUCAAGCUCGUCCCCGAAAGCAAAGCGAAGGAGGCUCGGCCCGCUGCCCCGGCUCAAGAUCACAGCCAUCACCAACGAUACAAUUGCCACUCUCGCUUCCCUGGCAUACAGCGUCAAGUCCCUGCCGAACUCGCGGGUCGUCGCUGGUAUUAUUGUCGGCACAGGUUGUAACGCCACGAUCCCUAUGAAGUUCUCAAGCUUGGGCGAGGCCAAAGUCGAACCCAUCAGGAAGAACAAACCUCAUGCGACCGAAACGGUCGUGAAUACGGAAAUCACAAUCUCCGGUGCUUGCGGCCCUUUACAAGAUAUCACAACUGAUUGGGAUCGUGAACUGGAUCGAGCGUGCGCGCGACCCGGCUUUCAACCUUUGGAAUAUAUGACUGGAGGCCGAUACAUUGGAGAGCUGAUUCGCAUCAUUUUCUUUGACUACAUGACGCGUGCCCACAAACCACCAGUGCCGGCAGCGUCGCUUCCUGCCACGAUUGUACACAGCUAUAGUUUUAGCACCACGUUUGUGAGUGCGGUUGUCGCACGAGCCCGGUCAGAUUCAGAAUUGGCAGGCGAAUUGAAGCGUCGCAUCCCGCCUCCGGAGUCUUCGAACUGGGGUUGGUCACCGCAUUCGGCGGGCGCACUGCGCAAAAUUGCACAGAUGGUUCAGAUACGCUCUGCCGGACUGAUUGCUGCGGCCACGGUCGGUCUUCUGGCUACCGUGGGCGAGAUCGCACUGACAGAGCCUGGCAGCCCUGCCUCGCUUCCGGAGGGGAUGAUCUUGACCGACAGCAAGCCGGCAUCCCCCAAGUCAAGCGUACCUGCUCUCCCACAUCGUGACGCGAGAGAUGGACUGUCGCCCGCUCCAGGUGCCACCGCCUGGAAGUCAGGACCGGAAGAAUUGGUCAUCGCUUACACCGGUGGGAUUAUCCAGCACUAUCCCAACUUCAAAGAACAAUGCCAACGGUUCAUUGACCGGCUCGUGAUGAGAGCAGGUCCUCAGGACGGCGGCAAGAGUGUGUUCUUAAGAGAAGCCCGGGACGGCGGCAUCAUUGGCGCCGGCGUCCUCGCAGGCAUGGAGACUCAGGAGCGGGGUUUGUCGUGA